AUGGCGUCUGCGAGUGCUUCUGCUUCCGCUCGUGCUCGCCCGGCUUCAACUGCUCCGAUCCUAGAUACGCGGCAGGACGAUGAGAGUCCGAUUUCACAGCUUACGAGACAUUGGAUAAACGAAAGACAUGCACCAGAUAUUUUGCCUGCGCAGGAAGACUUACUUGCGUCCUUGUUGGAUCAUAUACGGAGACAGUCUGAUGCGGUCCAACUCCUGCGCGGGGAACCGUCUGCCUCGGAAGAAGAACAUAUCCGCAUUAUGCUCGUGCAGAUGGAGGUAGAGAGGGUCAAGUUCAUCGUUCGAUCGUAUGUUCGUACUCGAUUGUUCAAAAUCGAGAAAUUUGCACGGUUUAUCAUGACUGAUACUACCAUUCAAACCCGAAUAACAACAGCAGAACGUGCUCAUGCCAGCAGACAUGCCCACCUUACGGAUCGUCAUUUCCAUACUUCUGUUCUUCAGAGUUUGCCAGAAACCCAAUCACAUCUAGACGAUACACCUAUAUUUAUGCCUCCCAUGAUCACUAAACCCGACGAUAGCCGGGCUGUAUUUGUCCAUGCUUUGCGAGACUGUCCUCCUAUACGUUUCCAUGAGGAUCUAACUCUGGAGAUGAAGCGUGGUCAUAUAUCUUUAAUGCCCUUCUCAUUCAUCGAACAGCUUCUGGUGCGAGGGGACGUCGAACUGCUAUAA